AUUUCAUAUGAAAGUUUGAAACUGCACUUACCCCUAAACAUUAGAAACUAUUUUUGUGUAAUUGUUCCUCCAACGAGAACGAUUUUCAAGUCGAAAAGCGCCAUUUCUCACCGGAGUUCUUUUUCUGGUUUCUCAGUUUCUUCCUCCAACUGAAAGAACAAGAGGAGCAGGACCUCGUUGCAAGAUUUGAUUUCAGCAGCUCAGUCCACGGCGAACGCCAUGCACGCUCUGAUUCGCCAAUCCGCCGCUCAUGUACGAGCCAAUUCCCACUUCAUUCACAUUUCAACAUCUAAAGCUCCGUCAAUCAAAGAAACGGGCCUCUACGGCUACCAUCAUUUGAAAACUCCUAAAGGCUUUCAACGAUUCGUCGACGAUGCUAUUGAGAGGUCAGAAGAACUUGUGAACUAUAUAGCUGGCAUGCCUUCAUCUCCUGAAAUUAUCCGAGCAAUGGAUGAGAUUUCUGAUACUGUGUGCUCAGUAAUUGAUUCAGCUGAAUUGUGCAGACAUACUCAUCCAGACAGGGAGUUUGUUGACGAGGCAAGCAAGGCAGGCUUACGGAUAAAUGAGUUUUUACAUUACCUUAAUACAAACCAUAGUAUAUACAAGGCGGUGAUAAAAGCAGAAAAAGACAGCUCACUCACUCAUGAAGCUCAGAGGGCAGCCCGCUUUCUACGAAUGGACUUGGAAAAGGGGGGAAUCCAUCUUUGCCCUGAAAAACUUGAUCGAGCUAAUGAGCUAUCCAUUGACAUUAUUCAGUUGUGUAGAGAGUAUAAUACAAAUAUUAUUACUGACCCUGGCCAUGUGGAUAUAUUUCCAGCCUCUAAGAUCCCUAAAAAAAUGCACCAUUUUGUCAGCCCUAUCUAUCGUAACAUACCAGGUGCAUCUAAGGAAUCUCUGGGGUCAAGAGAUAGCAUAAAAGAAAAAGGAUUCCGCAUAGCAACUGAGCCAAGUACUCUGCAAGGCUUUCUUCAAUGUUUACCUGAUGCUGGGGUCAGGAAGAUGGCAUAUGUCCAAGGAAAUUCUGUUCCACAUGCAAACCUUGAGGUUCUUGAUAAGCUUAUCGCAACAAGACAUGAGUUUGCUCAGCUUAUGGGUUAUAAAUCUUAUGCUGAAUUUUCUCUACAUUCGACUAUGGCUGCAUCUCCUGAAGUGGUCUUAUCCUUUUUGCUUGAGAUGAGCAAAGUGGUCAGACCAAAGGCUGAUCAGGAGUUUGAGGCAAUUCGGGAUUUCAAGAGAGAGAAAAGUGGUGAGCCUAAUGGAGAGUUGGAGCCAUGGGAUGAGGCAUACUUCACAUGGUUGAUGAAGUCUGCAACAUACAAGUUGGACUCCUCGAUUAUAGCAUCAUAUUUUCCCUUACCACAGUGUAUUGAGGGUUUGAAAAUUUUGGUUGAGUCACUCUUUGGUGUGACUUUUCACAGAGUACCCCUUGCACCUGGUGAAUCAUGGCAUCCUGAUGUGUUAAAGAUAGUGCUACAUCAUCCGACUGAGGGAGACCUGGGUUACUUAUACCUUGAUUUAAAGUCAAGAAAAGGUAAACAUCCCAUUUGUGCUCAUUUCGCUAUCCGAGGAGGGCGUCGUGUUUCCGAGACAAAAUACCAACUUCCUGUUGUAGCACUGGUUUGCAAUUUCUCUGGGUCGAGUUUGGCUCCUGUGAGGCUUAACCACUUUGAAGUAGAAACACUUUUCCAUGAGUUUGGGCAUGCUCUCCAUUCAUUGCUCUCAAGAACAGAAUAUCAACACUUUUCGGGUACGAGAGUGGUUCUUGAUUUUGCUGAAACACCGUCAAACCUAUUUGAGUCCUAUGCAUGGGAUUAUCGGGUGUUAGAGACAUUUGCUAAGCACUACUCAACUGGUGAUGUCAUUCCCAAAAAACUCGUGGAAUCAAUGGUGGGAGCUAAGAAGAUGUUUGCUGCAACUGAAUUGCAACGCCAGAUCUUCUACGCAUUAGUUGACCAAACACUUUUCGGAGAGCAGACGUCCACAGGGAGAGAUACAAUGGCGAUUGUUGCAGAUUUGAAAAGACAACAUACAAGUUGGACACAUGUGGAAGGAACACAUUGGCAUACCCGAUUCAGUCACCUUACAAACUAUGGUGCAGGUUACUAUAGCUACUUGUAUGCAAAAUGCUUUGCCACAACUAUCUGGCAAAGGAUAUGCCAAGAGGAUCCUUUAUCAUUGGACACGGGUUUGGCUUUAAGAACGAAAUUCUUGCAGCAUGGAGGAGCCAAAGAUCCAGCUGAUAUACUGAAUGAUCUUGUGGGGAGUGGCAUCAUAAGGAAUUGCAGCGGUGGAAUAAUACCGGACAUUACAAGCCUUUGUGAGGAAAUGGAGCUCAUGAAACACUAGCAAAGGGAGUUCUAACCCCCAAAAUAAGAUAAAGUAUCGCCUCCCCUGUACUAACCAUGGUGAGGCAAAGUAGCUAGGGUGCAAAUUGCAGGCCAUCAUAGAAGGGUUGGAGUGACUUGGAGUUGAUUUAGGAAGAGGCUUCCCAUCGUAAUAGUAGUAACUAUAUGAUGCUGGUCUGAAGAGAUUUCAUCACGGCCAAGCAAGCAAAUUAAACAAUUUGCAAGCAUGUCAUUCUUGAAGUUAGUGUUCAGAGGAAACAUCUCAUGGCCAGGCUAUUUAUUGAGCAAUUCUCCAAAGAAACUAACUGUGCGUAUUUUGACCAUUCUUUGCUUAAUUUGACAAGUGCAUGUAUUCCAAUAAAACAGAAGAGACGUAAUGAUGCAAAGGAAUUUAUCAAUGUGCAGCAUGAAUUUUGACCGAGGAAGUGGGAUAGUACCAAUAUGUAAAAAGCAUAUUUGCAACAAUAAAGGAGAUGUGUAUAGCUUAUUACUCCUAAGAUAAGCUAUUACUAGACGUUAGUUGUAAAUCAGGAUAUCCUUUUAAUGCAAGUUUUUUUUCUUUUUC